GAACCUUCUCUCUUCCAAUCGAGACAAAAGAAGGAGACAGACGUCGAAGAAGCACACCGAAGCACCUUGGAGACGGCUGCCAACUCGGACGCGUACUCGUGUACAGAACCCCCCUGUGACUCUCUGCGCCUUCAUUGUCCACCAAAUCCAGUCCAUUCGAACCGUUGAACGCCGUGUUGUAAUGAUGUCAUACCUGUGGAUUCUGCUGCUUUUUUGCUUGUUGGCUGGACGUGCUAACACGCAAGGUGAAGAAGGUGACGUGGCCCCAACAGAGGAGUCAGCUGUCCCUACAAUCUUGUUGCCCGAAAGUGAAGAACAUUCAGAAUUGGAAGUUGAAGCUGUUGCUGAGGAAGUACUUCCUGAAAGUGAUCCCGAACCAACUGAAGCUGCAGCCCAUGAACAAGCCACGCCUGCUGAAGUAGAAGCCGAACCAGAGGCUCCAUCAGAGGCAGAGACGGAACCAGAGGGUCCUGAAGGAGAUGCACAACCAGAGGCUACUGUAGAAGAAGAGCCAGAAGCUACUGCAGAAGAAGAACCAGAAGUUACUGACAAAGGACAAACGGAGGCAGCUCCAGAAGAAGAAGCAAAAGCAGGUCCAGAGGUUGUGCCAGAAGCAGAAGAAGCUACAGUACAGCCAACAGAAGUACCAGAGGCUGAAGUAGAACCAUCAUCCGAACCAGAACUGGAGACUACAGUUGAACCAGCAUCAACACCAGAACCAGAGGCUACUACACAAGGAGCUGAACCAGACACUCCUGAAUCAGGAGCAGCUCCAUCAAACCAAGAUCUUGCUGCUGAUCCAGAAGAUUUAAAACCUGCCCAGGAAAUUCCAGAUGUAGAUGCACAACCUACCGCCCUUGUUGAUUCGUCUAAUCCCCACGAUCAGCAUGGAUUUAAAGAUGAAGGCACAGUGGGAGCAGAUGCAGCUGCGCCACAUGAUGAGUCAGCUCAUGCGGACGUGGAAGUGGACGUCAGUACGAAAUUAAAGGCCAAGGUCCCUUCAGAUGGAGGCUUGAACUUGGAAGAUGCUUUGUCGCAAGGCGAAGCGCAGGACACACCGGCACAUUCAGGACGCAGCAAGAGUGCCGGAUCAGUGGCACAUAUUGCUGAGGCCACAGGAGAAGAUGCUGAUUCUGAAGAAUCCGGCUCAGGCUCCUUGGCAGCCAUUUUGUGUGCUGUUGGUGUGGCCGUAGUUGGUGCAGUGGCUGCUUAUUUUACCUACCAGAAGAAGAAACUCUGCUUCAAGAAUUUACAUGAAGAGGAUCCAGAGGCUGCACGCAAAGCUGACACUGCUGAGGCCCAAUCGGAUCCUCAAGUCCUUAGCAAUCUACUGAACUCCUCGUAGAGCGGAUUUGAUCACAUGACUGGACCCGGACCAAUCACAGUGAAGCAAAAUGGCAAGCUUACUGUUAGGCUUUAUCAACUGUGGAGCUGCGUUUGUGUAUAUGUGUGUGUGCAGAGUAUGAGGAUAAAGCAACAAAGCAGCUUGAUUUGCAACGACAAUUGGCCAGGCGUUUGUUUGUCCAAACGUGUGUGUUAAGAAUUAAUAACCGAAAUAUUUUUCAUCAUUUUAUGACGCAUCCCAUCAAAUUUAUAGGAAUCAAAAAAAAAAAAAAAAAAAAAACACUGUGACUGAUGUCUUUUUUUAUGCUAGUUCUUUAAUUGUGUCGACAGGGUUGAACUAUUUCAAACCAGCCACUAUUGUAUCUCAAAUUGUAAUUAUUAAUUUUCUAAACAUUAGUUUGUCACAUAAAGUGAAUGUGAGUUGAAGUAGUUAAUGAAUGUUUAAAAAAAAAAGUUCAGGCAAUAAUUCUUGCGAUUAUGCCAAACAGAAAUGGAUAGGAUUGCUUGAGAACAUAAAUUGCUUGAGCCUCACCUCAUGCUGUACAUAAAGUAAUGAUAAAGAACCCUCCAAAAAAGAUGUGCUUAUUACAACAAAGAUUAAAAAAAAAAAAACACCUUUUCCUGUGAAACUGCCAAAUUGAUGGUUAAAUAACAAAAAAGUUCAAAUGAACUAUGACCGCCUGCUACCCAAACAACAUGUGAUGCAAUACUGCCAUCUUUUGGAUAACUGGUAACUAAAUGUUAUUCCACAAUAAAAUGAUGCACGAUUAUUUUUAGGGCCGCUGAAACAAAAUAAUUUUUAAAAAUGAGCUCCAAAGAUCGAUGCUUAUACUUCACAAGAACAAACCUACCAAAUUUCCUUCUGAUUUGUCCAAGGAUAACUGAGGAGAAACCGGUUUAGUUAGUGUCCCCACCAAGAAAAAGAAACAAGUGACUUAUUGAGCCCUCCGUCUUGGUGGUAAAAAAAAUAAGUUUUCAUUGGGGGCUUAAAAAUAGACUUAGAA